UCGUAGUAAAUCGAUAUUUUGGGAACAAACUCUGUCUCCAUCUUCAGGGUUCCGAUGUGACUGGAUCCUCGGAAGUCGCCUUUUAUUGAUUGUACUCACCACGAAAGUCUCAAAUCCAAUAUCGAUUAUAUUACGGCGGUCUGAAAUUGUAACCAAUCACGGACGGUGAUUCCUAUCGUUAAGUUAUUUGAAACUGAGACUGCUGUUAGAGUUCAAAUUUAGGUGACAAAAUGGAGCCAUCCAAGGAACCUAUCUGUGUACGCAUUACUCGUCUGAAUAACAUAUUUUUGGGAAGACCAGGUGCUGGAAAUGUAAAUGCUAAGAAACAUUACCUUGGACGGGAAGGAUUGAUAGAUGCUCUCAUCCUUCUUUACGAUGAAUGCAAUAAUGAUGCACUGAAGAAGGACCGGAAUAUUGCUCUGUUUGUUGAGAAAUAUCGUUGCAUAGUUUCAGAACUGCGUUGCCUACGAGUAAAUAUAUUGGAUUUUGAAGUAAGAAAAGUUAUUGGUCGUGGUCAUUUUGGGGAAGUUCAAGUAGUACGAGAGAGACAGACUGGAAAUGUUUAUGCAAUGAAGACUCUUCGGAAGUCUGAUACUUUAAGUCAGCAAGAAGCUGCAUUUUAUGAGGAAGAACGAGACAUUAUGGCUCAUGCCUCUUCUCCAUGGCUUACCAUGCUGCAGUAUGCAUUUCAAGACAUGCAUAAUCUUUAUCUUGUAAUGGAAUUUCAUCCAGGUGGUGAUCUGCAUGCACUGCUAGAUAGAUUUGAUGGCCUUCUGGCAGAAGAUAUGGCUAGGUUUUACUUAGCGGAGCUGGUGCUUUGUGUGCGUAGUCUCCAUCUGAUGGGAUAUGUGCACAGGGAUAUUAAACCUGAUAAUGUCCUCAUAGAUCGCUGUGGUCACCUCAAAUUAGCAGACUUUGGGUCUGCUGCCAAGUUAACUGCUGCAGGAGUGGUGAUGAGUCAGAUGCCAGUGGGAACUCCAGAAUAUAUUGCACCUGAAGUAAUGGAGUCCAUGGAGGCUUCUUUGAGACACACGAGAAAGAAAAACCAGGGUGGUUAUGGGGUUGAGUGUGAUUAUUGGUCGCUGGGUGUUGUUGCCUAUGAGAUGGUGUUCGGGCAGACUCCAUUUUCUGGAGACCAACUGACAGCCACAUACUACAAUAUUAUGAAUCACAAGUCCAGCUUGCAGUUCCCUGAGAACUAUAAUACCUCACAGUCAUAUCUUGACUUGGUUAGAGGUCUCUUGACUGAUGCCACUUCACGCCUCGGUCAUGAACAGCUACUCAAACAUGUGUUUUUUUCUGUUAUUGAUUGGAACACAUUAAGAGAAGCUGUUCCACCUUUUGUUCCUGUUGUCAGAAGCGUAGAUGAUACUUCAAAUUUCGUUGAGUUUGAACAUGAACCACCAACUGUGUCCAUUGAAAACUUCAAGAUUAAGAGGGAAUUUUCAGGAAGCAACUUACCUUUCUUGGGCUUUACAUAUGUUCAUGAUGUGGAUGUGGUUUCUAAAUUCAAAGAUGGAACAAGUAUGCCUCCCAAGAUGAAGAAUGAUCUUGAAGAUUGUCUGUCCAGUUACAAGAAAGAGAUAGAGAACUUAAAGAGAAGAAAUCAUCAGUUGGGGCAUGGAUUUGAGGAGAGGAACAGAGAGAUAGAUGUCCUGGAGAAGAAACUUGAGCAGCAGUGCAAUCAGUUAGAAACUACAAAUGCAGAUAAAGAAAAUCUAGAACGUGAAUGUGAACGAUUAAAGAAUGAAUGCAUGAGUAUAUUGCGGACCCUGGAGAAGGAGCGCAAGGAUCGCCAGAUGAUUGAGAUGAAGGCAGUUGGACUGGUCCGUAAUAACAAGAACAGUUGGGAGAAGAAACACAGACAGGAAGUAGCAUCUCUGGAGAAGCAGGUGGAAAAUCAAACACAGCGCAUCACUGAGCUAUGCAUGAUCAACAACACAUUGAGUAGCAAAGUGGAGCGACAGACAGAAGAACUCAAAUCAAGUCAUUCUGAAAUUGAGAUGCUGCAAGCAUUGGUCCAGGAGAACCAUAAUAAGAUGGCAAAGGCUCGUGAGAUGAAUAGGCGUAGUGUAGUGGGUGUUGAGACCAAGCUAGAACGUAUUGCUGCUGACAGUCAGAGCCAAGUGGCUACUCUACAAUCCCAGUUAGCUGAUGAAGCCAAGCUGCGGUCAGAACUGCAGGAACAGUUACGGAAAUUUCAAGGAAAUGUUGCCCAGAAGGAGGCUCAGCUUUUGUCCUUACAAGAGCAAGAAUCGUCCCAAGUAGCUGAAUUGAGAGCUGAAUUAGAGUCAAGCCAGCAGCAGUGUGUUGAGCUGCUGCAGCAGGUGCAGGUCCUGCAGGAACAAGCUGAUAGUGCAUUUAAAAAUCUGGAGAGCAGCAACAAGGCUCUUAUUUGUGAGCUGGAAGAGAAGUUACGCAGAGAAAAACAGGACUGUCAAGAGUUGAGAAAACGGUUAAUGCAGGUGGAAGGUGAACUUAAUGAGUCGCUAGUGUCACAGAAGAACAUAUUAGCUGCUCGGGAAGUAGAACAUGAGACAUAUGUGACCAUAUUGGAAACAGAUCUUAAACAAACUGCUGCUGACAAAGUGAAACUGCAUCAUAGACUUCAGCAGGCUUUAAAAAAAGAAGAGGAAGACAACCACAGGCUGGAAACUCUGGAGGAACUAUUGAAACGCCUGGAGCAGCGUCUCACACAUCUGGAGGAAGAGAAUCUUACAUUAAAACGACAGAGCAAAUCAGAAGAUGUCAAGAAUCCCAGUAACCUUAUGGAAGAACUCGAGAAACAGAAACUGAUUCUGGUGGCUCAGGUGGAGAAGUUAGAAUUGCAGGUAGAGAAAUUAAGAGAGGCAUCAAUUCUUGAUAAGCAGGCUGCCAAAACAGCACAGGAUCAGCUGUGGAAGAAAGAAAGGGCGUUGUCUGAUGCAGAGAUAGAUCGGCGCAUUGCUCAACGUGAAGCAAAGACUGCGGAAGAUCAGUUGAGAGUACUGCAAGAGGAGAAGCAGAAAUGGGGAGAGAAACUGCAGAUAGAGAAGAAUACUUAUGUUGAGCAGCUGCAAGGAGAACGUAACAAGGUUGAUGAACUGCAACAGCAGCUUACAUCUUUAAAUACAGAAUUGCAGGACAUGAAGCAAAGAGAGGAAGCAGCAAAAAAACAAAUUGAUGCAGAGAAAGUAAUGCUUGCCCAGAAGAAAAUGGAACUAGAAGCCAGCAAAUCUUCUGCCCAAACAUUACAGCAUGAUCUGAACAUGGCCUACAAACAGAUUAAGGUUCUGGAGCAGCAGGUGUUAAAUUUGCAGCUGGAAACUAAACGUUUGAGUGAAGUAGUAAAUCAUAUUCGUGAGGACAAGGUGAAGUUAGAAGCUGAGUUAGAGGAUCAGAAGAGAAAUAACAGCAGUUUGGAGAUGAAUAACAACUGCCUCAAGGAUUUGUGUACAAUGCAUGAUGAUGAGCUGGAAGAUUUUGUUAAGCUUACAAAGUCUUAUGAGGAGAAGAUGGCUGUACUGAAACAGGAAAAGGAAUCUUUCCAGUCAGAAAUAGAGACCUUACAGUCUGAGCUUCAGGCAGCUUGCCAGUGUACAAAUGAAGAAAAGUCCCUGCGUAACUGUGCAGAAUUACGAAUCCAAACUAUGGAAGCAGAUCUGCAAUCCCACAUGGAUGAUUUGGAAAUGCUGCAAUCCCAAGUAAAUGCUUAUCAGAAUUUAGCUGAGCAGCGCGCACAACAGGUGACAGAACUUGAAGAUAGGUGCUGUGCAGCUGAAUUAGACCUGCGUAAUAUUCAGCGCCAACUACAAGCAUCUAAUGAUGGAUGCAAUGCUCUCAAAGAAGAACUCACACAAAAACUCACACUGAUUAACUCUGUGAAGGAAUCUAAUUUCAAGCUUAAUCAGGAUCUUGAAGAAUCGAGUGACCAGAUCCAACAACUAAAAAAUAAAUACUCUGAUCUGGAGGCUACAUUGACAGAGCUGGAAGUAUACUAUAAGCAAUGUGAAUUCAAGAGUGAAGCUACAAUUCAACAGCAAACAAAACUUAUCGAAUACUUACAAAAGAGGAUAGAAGAUGGAGACAAGAAAAAGAAGACACUGACAGACAAGUUAUUUGGUAGUCGGCAAAAGGAGAAUAUUUCACAUUUAUCUAAUGCACCAUCAGGCAGAAGCAGGCACAUUGCUAGUCAGCAUUACCAGCAAAGAAACAAGGCCAAGUCUUUUGGAGAGCACAUGGUACCGCAGCAAACACAUGGCAGAGAUGCUGAUGGUGGAGGGAUCUCUCCUUUAACUGCAAUGACACCCAUCACACCACAGUCAAAGAAGGCACUGAUGCAUCUUGUAGAGUCGCCUGGUUCCCAGUCACCAGGCUCUUUGGCUCGACAGCCAUCACUUCAACGCAUGCAUUAUAACAUUCCACACAGGUUUCACCAGAAGCUAUGUAUGCGUGUUAUCAAGUGUGCUGCUUGUCUGGAUAGUAUUCUGUUUGGUCAUUAUGCUUCUGUCUGUCAGGAAUGUAACAUCACUUGUCAUCCUAAGUGUUCACUGGUUCUGCCAUCAACAUGUGGUAUACCAUCAGGGUUUGCAAGGCACUUUUGUCAGUCCUGGAAGAGCCACCAAGUGGACAGUGGGUCAAACAUCAGCAGCAAGAGUACUGAAUUAAAAGCACAGUCCUCUAAAUUGGAAGGCUAUGUUAAGAUUCCCAAACGAGGCAGGUCAUGUUGGGAGCGUAAAUAUCUGAGAUUGGAAGGAAGUGAACUGCAGAUAUUUGACCAUGAACCUACAAGUGAAAAAAUGUCCCCAUCACAGACAUUCCUUGUGUGUCGACCAGAGGGCACAACUAGUAUUUUGAGCUCUGUGCCCUAUACAGAAGUUGUAAACACAGCACAAUCUGACAUGCCAUUCAUUCUUAAGAUUGAGGUGAAUUCACGAACUACCUGCUGGCCGAGUAGCAGCCUGCUUAUCAUGGCACUCAGUUUAGCAGAAAAAGAAUCCUGGGUGUCUGUACUGGAGUCUAUUGUUCAAGGUCACAACAGCAAUAGAAUGGAAGUUGAUAAUGGACAACCUAUGAGAUAUAAGGUCAACACGGUGCUCCAUCUUGAUCGGGAUGAAGGGCUGGACCUUAACUGUUGCCUUCAGCUCAGUCCAGAGGUUAUGUUGAUUGGAGCAGAGGAGGGCCUUUUUUCUUUACAUUUGAAACAGAAAAAUGCAAAGCCUGUCAAGAUACUGGGCUUGACACAUGUCCACCAGAUGUCAGUGUUACCUCUUCUCAAUUGCCUAAUUGUGUUGGCAGGAGAAGGCCGAAAUCUGAUGCAGUGUGACUUACGUCAAGUGAGAAUCAAUGCAGAGGCAGCAGAAUGUGUUGAGCCAGGUGUCACUGCACAUCCUCUCCUACCAGCUACUGGACCCAAUAGUAUAGGAUGUUGCCUUUUGUUUGCUGCAGCCACAACUGAGGACAGGCAAGAGCAAACACGUACCAUAAUUUGUGCUGCCACUGAGAAACGCAUCUUGUUGCUGCGGUGGAAUGUGUCUCAAAAUACAUUUCAGCUCUCUAAAGUUGUGGACACAGAAGAAUCUUGUAGCUGCAUUCAUUUUGCUCGUCAUUCCAUAAUUGUGGGUUGCAACAAAUUCUUUGAGAUAGAUAUCCAUGACUUUUCAGUGGAAGAAUUCCUGGACCCAUCUGACAAGAGCUUGGCUCAUGUUAUAUUUGGGACUCAGCAACUGCAUAUCUACCCAGUUGCCAUAUUAGAUGUCACCAAGACAAGAACUGCAGAACCUGAGUACCUCUUAUGUUUCAAUGUUUUUGGUGUUUUUGUGGAUAAAUUUGGGCAGCGAACACGAUUAGAUGACAUAAAAUGGAGCCAUUUACCUCUUGGCUUUGCCUAUCGCAAGCCAUAUUUAUUUGUUGUUCACUUUGCUUCGGUGGAGGUUAUGAAACUGUCAGAUUUGUCAUUCAUCCGCAGUCAGGAUGACAGCAACUCCAUUGUGAACUAUCCAGAGCAAACAUUUAUUGAGCUCAGUAAUCCCCGUUUUCUUGGUCCAGUAGAAGGUCAAGGUCCAGCCAUAUAUGUAGGUCACUGCACCCAGAGCAAGAUGGAGAUAUUGAUAGUGGAGGGUUCUUUUGCAUGCAAGGAAGAGAGUUUUAGUGUAACGAGCACAGACAGAUCAACAGAAGGGGAUGGUGCUGACCUCAAUGGUUAUGCAGAUUCUGAAUUCAGCUUUACAUCAUCAUUGGUACAGUCUCUGGAGAAUAUCAGAGACUCUACCCUUUCUGUGGAUAAUGAAUCUAUUGAUUUAAACACUCAGCAUAGAAGAGUACACUUUGAUGGUGUGUGAACAAAUUGUGUAAAGACUGCCAAUUAGGAUUCUAAAACCUGAAGAAGCAUUCAUAUCUGUUAUGCUGGAAUCAUCUAUGAUCUGUUGAAACUGGGUUGUUCAAGAUGCAUCAGGUUUCUGUCAGAACUACAGUGGUAUCUGGUUUUACUUUAUUUGAAUCGAUGUACUUUGUUGCACAUAAUGUUGGCGUUAAUUAUUUUUAUAUGUGAAAGAAGUGAUGUUUAGCAAGGAUUCUAUUAUUCAUGGUAGUUUCAUUCAGGGAACCUCUAUUGGACUUUAUUACUGUAUCCACAUUGUGUGUUCCAGCCAUAAAUCACCAUAUAGACCUUAUGAUAACUUGUAAUAUAAAGCAAUGAUUAAGUGGGUCCAGAUUCUUGAAUAAAGUGGUUUAAUGAUAUUUCCAAUUUAUGUGCAUUCAAAUCAAAGUACAUACUAACAAAAGUUUUUUUACAGAUUUGUAAGUGAUGUUUAUUUCAAUGUAGAUUGUAAUGUAAGAAAAGUUACAGAAUAAAGUAGCAACAAAUGGCUUGUAA